AUGAGCACACGGAAACGCCACAGGAGUCAAAAGACUCAACGACGCCCACCAAUCCUAACGCACGGGGAUGAAAUGGCCUCCAGUAAUAUCUCCGACACUCAAGUGUUAGCUGACACUACCCCAGCUGAAAAGGCUGCCGAAGAACGUGCCGUUCCAUCAUUUCUUUCGGCUUAUUUCGUUCAAAACUACAUUACCAGCAUGGCAUUUCAUGCGUACAUUGCGUUCGCGCCUACACUGCUUUUACCUAUAUUGAAACAGACCUCCCUCUUUAGCAAGUGGAGCUCGAAUGCAAUGGUCACCCUCGGUGUGUUCUUAUCCAAUGCCUCAUGGAUGGAGCUCUUCAACUUCAACUGCACCGGGGAUGCAGGCUCCGCUUUCAUUGUGGCCGUUCAAGAGAAGCGAUUCCUGGAAGCUCGUGGCUAUUCCUUAGCACCUGCUACAAAACGCAUGUGGUUGCUCGGUGGCAUCUCGGGAUUCUUAGGUGCUAUAACGGUGGGCCUACUCACAGCUGCAUUCAGUGGGCUGAACCCGUUCGGCGACACUUUGCCCCUUCCUCAGGAGAUUUUUCGCCUGGUGAGGGAAACGAAAAACGAGGAGCCUUCGAUCCUCGAAGAUCUGAUGGACGCGACAAUGACUGCUAGGCAAAAGACUGUCGCCGUCGCGUUUAUUCGGACAGUAGCAAUUUCUGUUGUGGGUUCGUGCCCACCGAUGCUGGUUCCACUCUUGUUAGGACUGCAAAAUCAGUUACAGUCAAGCACGUCUUACGAGGUCUUUCGCGCAAUCAGCGUGCUAUUUGAUACAUUUGUUGCAGAAUUUCUCUGCUGUUUUGUCGUUUAUGCGGUCAGCGCCGUCUUCACGUCAGCAGGAUUUUACCUUAAACUAAGGCAUGCACAAAGGUUAAACUUGGCUGUCCUCCUCUUCGCCGUCAUUGCGGGCCUUCCCUUCUGCACUGUUGUGGGUGGCCCAAUGCUGGGGAUAUCGUUCGCUGGCUUGGUGGCCGGGUCCCGAUUGGACCCGUGGUGCUUCGUGCUAAUGGCGUCAGCAGAUUUCUUGGCAGCUCUGAGCGCAAUAUUUUGCGUCAGGCCAGUACAGCAUGCCUUCUUUAGUGUGCCCGCCUCGAAUAUAAAGAAGAGAGUCUGA